GCCUGCUUGCUUUGGGCCGUUGAGUGGGUGAGAUAUUGUUCUUUGUUUUGGACUCUUUUCGGAUGCGGAUUUGUGUUGGCGGGUUUAGGGUGUGGUUUUUCCAGGCGGGGUCCGGGAUUUGAGUUCCGUGGGGUGGUGCUGAGUGGGGGCCCACGGGAUACAAACGCCCCCUUGUUUGGUUGCUAUUUACAACCUUACCCCCGCUCCGCGCCCCCGAAUAUUCGCUUCUCAUGACACCGAAAGAUUCCUACUCGAUCUCCAGAUAUUUUCCCCCGCCUCGUCAACAGCCCGUGGGGUUUUUCUUUUUCUUUUCCCUUCCAUCUAGAAAAACCGGCGAGAAGCUGCUGUCCCGUUUCAGUGGCUUAACUUCUAAGCAACAUGUUUCAGGCAACGCACAGUGAUCUGGUUACUGUAGCGAUGUUAUUAUGCGUCCAGGCCACUCUCUCUAGGAAAUUAAUAUGCAUCAAGUUGUUUUCUGCCCACAGUUUUGUAGGAAUACUUCCUUAAGAUCAACUCCAGUAGUUCUCUAGAAGACUCUAAAUCAAUAAUUUAGAUAGCUAAACUAAAAACUCCUCUUCAACGGCUCUCUAAAUAAUUUCGUUUUUUUAUUACUUGAGGACUUGCUAAAUCUAGUAUUUAGGUUGUACCUCCGUACUUUUUUAUUUGUCGUGGUUUAGUUUAAAAAUAAACUAGCUGAAGACAAAUAUUUUAAAACGGAGGUAGUAGAAUUAUAUAUAGCUAUUGGAGUUGCUCUGAUGACUAGAAAAAAGGUCUUUCUUUCUUAAACGCCAAGCCUGUCCGCCGUCCUUUGCCGCUUGCAUUUCACUGCGAGUUGCGACCGCCAAGUUGGUCCACAGUUACUUAACAGUGCGGUCCGUAUUUAUUUUUGCUCACCAGGGUCCCUGGCUAUCGAGAGAACUCGACGAGUUCAUCUCCAUCGUUUGUGAGAGUUUCGGUUGGGCCAGAUUGUCAUACUCAGCGUCCUGCCUCGGUCUCAGGCCCAAGUGUACUGAAAGCCAGCUCUUGCCCGCAUCUACACGGCCCCAUUUUCAGCUUGCCCCUCCAGAACCGGUGCAUGAACAGUUGCAUCUGAUCCUAAGUCGUUGCUUCCUUUCCCUUCUUUCUUAGAUCUAGCUAGCCACCGUGUCGACUGGUGGAUGAUACAGUAUCUCCACAUGCUGGUUGUUGAGUGUUGACCGUACCUCGCCAGAUCUGCAGCAAACUAUCCUAUCCUAGCUCCUCACAUCCGCACAAAACAACACCUUUUAGCAAAAAAAGUUUUUUUUUAAAAGAGUGCGGUAGUGCAUUAUAGUCAUCUUUCAUGUUUCCAGCCUCCUUACUUACCAGGCUUUGCCGUUUAGCAUUUAGAACCCCACCCUGUUAGAAUGGAACCUGGCCAAGCAUUCAGUUCUUUUGUGUCAAUAAGACUACAGCAGAAAUGCAGAAUGUCUUGGAGAGUAUAGUUGAAAAUCGGGGAAUGAGUUAAUGUUCUUGCUGCUUGACAUAUCUAGUUUAUCAUGGGUCCUAUCUGUGGUGUGCCAGACUUCAAGAUGAGGGGAAAGAAGAGUGAUGAGCUCGAACCUGUCGAUGCUGGCGAUGAAGAUGAUGAUGGUGGUGACGAUGGGGACGAGGAUGGUGACUUUGGGGAGGAGGGUGAAGAGGACGUCUCAGAAGGGGAGGGAUAUGACAACCCAAAGGGCAAUGAGACCAAGAAGCAAAGAGGUGAUCCUGAGGAAAAUGGUGAGGAAGAUGAGGAAGAACCAGAAGAUCAGGAGGGUGGCGGCGACGACGAUGAUGACGACGAUGACGAUGAUGAGAACGGGGAUGACGAGGACGACGACAAUGGGGAUGACGAUGAGGAGGGUGUAGAUGAAGAAGACGAUGACCAGGACGAGGAUGAGGAGGAAGAUGAUGAUGAAGACUCGCUCCAGCCCCCAAAGAAGAGGAAGAAGUGAAGAUCUUCUGCCGCUUUAGUUACCGUGCGCUGAGUUCUGCCUGGCUUUUCGUCAUAUCCUCGCAUUUCAACUUUCCCAUAGAGAGUUAAGAAGGAUCCACACGUUCAGCAGCACGUGUGGGCUUGUAGGAGCUUUAUGAUUUGAGGCAAUUAGGGACAACUCUUAUGUCAUUGUUGCUUGCUUCUGUGGAGUCGAACAGAUGUUUCGCUAACAUAAUUCGACUUGAGUGAUGAAAGCCUCCAGAUUGAAUAUGCCUUCUCUUUUAUCU